CCAUGGAGCAUAGCAAAUACCAAAACCCAACCCCAACCAAAACCUAGCUUUGUCCAAAAACCCAAAGGCCCCCUCCCUUUCCCCUCCCACUCCCCGCUUUCCACCAUUUCGUCGAACACCUUCUCCGAUCGCGCGCCGCCGCCCAUGGGGGAGGCCUCCGAGUAUGACGGGGUGGAUGUGGCGGCUGUAUCGGCGAGGUUGCUGGAGCUGGUGGCCGACGACGACGUGACGGCGCUCGUUGACCUCCUCGCCGCGCACCCGCUCCUCGCGGAUGAGCCGGCGCCGUGGUACUCUCCGGCGCGGGGCGCGGAGCCCAUGACGCCGCUCAUGGUCGCCGCCGCGUACGGGUCCGUGGCUUGCCUCGACGCCCUCCUCUCGCCGCCCCACCUCGCCGACCCCAACCGCGCCUCCGCCUCCUCGCUCUCCACCCCGCUCCACCUCGCCGCCGCAGGCGGCGCUCCAUCCGCACCCACCACCGUUUCCCGCCUCCUCGCCGCCGGCGCCGACCCUACCCUCCUUGACCAUCUCCACCGCCGGCCGUCAGACCUCGUCGCGCUGCCGCCCAACUCGUUGCCCCUCAAGAACCACAUCCUCUCACUCCUUGGCGCCCGGAAGGAGUGGCCACCGGACCCCUCACUCCCGGACAUCAAGAACGGCGCAUACGCUUCCGACGACUUCCGCAUGUAUUCCUUCAAGGUCCGCGCGUGCUCCAGGGCCUACUCCCACGACUGGACGGAGUGCCCCUUCGUCCACCCAGGAGAGAACGCGCGGCGGAGGGAUCCGAGGAAGUACCACUACAGCUGCGUGCCGUGCCCGGAGUUCAAGAAGGGCGCCGGGUGCAGGAGAGGGGACAUGUGCGAGUAUGCGCACGGGGUGUUCGAGAGCUGGCUCCACCCGGCGCAGUACCGGACGCGCCUCUGCAAGGACGGCAUCGGCUGCGCGCGCCGCGUCUGCUUCUUCGCUCACACGCCAGAAGAGCUCCGGCCGCUGUACGUGUCCACAGGCUCGGCCGUGCCGUCGCCCCGCGGGGCGAUGGAGAUGGCCGCCAUGGGGAUGGGACUGUCAUCACCGGGAUCUUCGUUCACGCCGCCGCUGUCGCCGUCCGGUGGAGGGAGUGGCAUGUCGUGGCCGCAGCCUAACUUGCCGGCGCUGUGCCUCCCCGGGAGCGCAGGGAACUUGCACCUGAGCCGGCUGCGUACCUCGCUGAGCGCGAGGGCCAUGGCGGUCGACGAGCUUCUGGCCUCGGGGGACUAUGACAACCACCUUGGAUCGCCUGCCUCUGUGCGGUCGGCGAGGGGGAAGGCGCUUGUGCCGUCAAAUCUGGAUGAACUGUUCUCGGCGGAGAUGGCGGCCUCCCACUCGCCGCGGUACGGCGACCAGGGCGGCGCUGCGUUCUCGCCGACGCACAAGGCCGCCUUCCUGAACCAGUUCCAGCAGCAUCAGAGCUUGCUCUCGCCACGGGCUGCGGCCACCCCAGAGCCUGUCUCCCCAAUGAGCUCCCGGCUGCUCGCUGCGUUGGCGCAGCGGGAGAAGAUGCAGCAGCAGACACUGCGAAGCAUGAGCUCAAGAGACCUGGGUUCCAGCGCCCCGCUCCUGGUCGGCUCACCGGUGGUGGGCUCUAGCUGGUCCAAAUGGGGCCUCCCCUCGGGCACCCCAGACUGGGGUGCCGACAACGAUGAGCUUGGCCGUCUCAAGCGGUCGUCCUCGUUUGAUCGCCGGUCUGGGGCCAACACCGAUGAGCCUGACCUCUCAUGGGUCAAUACCUUAGUAAAGGAGCCCACGCCGGAGAAAUCAUCAACCAACGGGACCAUGGCAACAGAGUCUAUUGGCAUCUUGGGCCGAUCAGCAAGCCACCACGAGAGCAUUGCCGGUGAUGACAGUGCCAUCUUGGGUCGAUCAGCGAACCACCGUGAGGGCAUCGACGGUGAGGAGGACGCCGCCACUGGUGUCAUCGGUGGCUGGCUCGAACAGCUUCAGCUCGAUGAGAUGGUAGUUUAGGACAACCAAACACACAGAUGAAUCAAGAGAGGUGACAAUUUUUUGGCUGUGCUUCAACCGGCUGCUACUGCCUGCUGCUGCUAAGUUACCAGCCUCAGGACAUCAUGCUAGCAAGUACUGGUGCCACAUUCUUUUGGGGUUGUUUGGUGUAGAAGGUGAGGAGAUUUCUACCAUUUCGAGCUUGGCCACAGGUGAAGCAAAUGGAGGAAAUGGAGCCUGAUCAACUGUAUCAAAGUUGCCAGCUUUGCCUAGGUGAGGCAUUUCUCCUCUUAUUUCUACUUUGGUGCCCCCUUUCUCGUUGAUCUUUAUAAAGGUGACUUCUUCACUAUGAGGAUUGUGAAUUACUCUUAAGGUACUAUCUUAUCUGUUGCCCCCUUAUCCUUUGGUUGUGUUGUGAACCAAGGACUAGGGAGGGGAGAAGGAUAUUACAUCAAACUGUUGCUCCAUGACUCGACUCAUGGUUGUUGUAAUAACAUAUUGUUGUUGUACUUGAGAUUCAUGAACCAUGAUUGAUGUAAAGUUC